AUGGCUACUACUACCACUACUACGGUCACCCCAACGAUGAACCAUGCCUCUUUCGAACUCACUGGCCCGUAUGGUGAUUGGCGAGAUGACCUGCACUCUCAGGGCUAUGUAGUCAUCAAGAAUGCCAUUGAUCCCAACAAGGCCCAAUACUUCCAGCAGAAAGCCCUGGACUGGCUAUCCUCUUUUAGUCCGGCCUUCGAUCUCAAUGAUCCGUCCACGUGGAUCAAUGAUAAUCUGCCCGUACAGAGCAAAGUCAAUACCUUCAAUGGAUAUUCCGUUACCCAUGAGAAGUUCAUGUGGGAAGCCCGCAUGGAGCCCAAGGUUGUUGAAGCUUUCGCUAAGCUAUGGGGUACGGAUGAGCUACUCGUCUCAUUUGAUGCACUUAACAUUACCCUUCCGAAUCGAAAAGAUCGCCCCGCUCAGAAACCAUGGCCACAUGUAGACCAGUCGCCGAUGCGUCGUGGGCUUCAUUGUAUUCAAGGGAUCAUCAAUCUGAGCCAUGCUGGUCCUGAAGACGGGGCAUUGAUGGUAUUUCCCAAAUCCAAUACCAUGACGGAAAGUUUUUUCGAUGCUGAAACGGAUCCAUCUACAUGGAAACAGAAAGACAUUCGACUUUUCAGCGUGGAAGAAAUCCAAUGGUUUACAGAUCGAGGUAUGAAACCGUUGAAAGUAUUGGCAGAACCCGGAGAUUUAAUUCUAUGGGACUCUCGCACGGUACAUUGGGGCGGGGAACCCACCAUCAACAGCAACGUCAUCCGAACGGUUAUUUAUGCUUCUUAUGCUCCGGCUGAACUCGCCAGUGAAGAAACAUUGAAACGAAAAAAAGAAGCAUUUGAAAGCUAUCGAGCCACUACUCACUGGCCCCAUGAGAAUAUCAAUAUCAGAGAUCAAAUGGUAUAUCUCCCCAAUGAAGAUCUCCUCGAGCAGCAAAGGGAGGCAAUCGCAAAGCUUACGGCUCAGUUAGCCGCCUCGAAUAUUUCAGUUCAACCUGCUCAGCCGGUUCAGCCGGUUCAACAUGCCCCUUUAUCAUACGCUUCAGUCUAUUCGUCACAGCUAGCAUACAACAACUGGGACCCAUCCCCAUCUCACAAAGAGUCACCUAGCAGCGAGCAUCGCCAUGACAGCAUUUCCACCGAAACUCCCUCUCAAUCGGCUACACACCCCUAUAAAGCUCCUGCUCCUCUAAAUAUAGUAAAAUUGGAUCAUCAAACUCCUACAGGAAGCUUAUUUGCUCUGGAUCACAUCAAAUCACUGAUCGGCGAAUACCCUGAAGAUUUCUUUUAUCUUCUAGAAUCCAAGCGCCCUUUUGACUACUUCAAAGCUCCAACUCAAACAUUCGAACAAAUUGUCCCAUCUGUUGUGGACAAGGCGACCUACGUUGGCAAAUUCUUUGAAGAAGUACAUCCGUUUUUUCCGAUUGUCGAUGAAAAGUUGGUUGUCGACCUGUUUGACACGUUCCCGUCAUCUAUGACAGCCAAUCGAAGCGACACGUCGCUUUGUCUUAUCAUCCUUGCCCUAGGGAAGCUCAGCAUGAAUACCCAACGGAGCUCCGCGGAUGGACUUGUUAAUAUCGAGACGGCGGAAAAUUUAAAAAAUCUAAGCGGCAUCGAGUAUUUUGCAUUGGCGUACCGAAACCUCAAUGAUGGAAUCAAGCUACCCUGCCAGACGGAGUACAUGUUGCCUUUGGCCUUCUUCUAUGCCUCUGUGUACCUACGUUACAUGGGAAGACCACUCCAAGCGUGGCAACUGAUCACACGAGCAUCUGCGAGUGUUAAAUUCAUGAUAUCUCAACUUCAUGGCAUGAGUACGGAGGACGAACGAGCUACCCUUUACCGAACUGCCUGGGGCUGCUAUCUUCUCGAGUGCGAUGACCUAGCAGAGUUUCAAUUCCCUCGCAGUGGAAUCGAAGUUGUUGUCGACACCCUACGCUUUGAUUAUCCUCUCUUUCCCGAGUUUGCAAACGCAGAAACAAACAAAAGCCGCGAAGCUUUUCUCGCAAUGUGUUUGGUCCGAAUGAUCCUAGAUCAAGCCCAGGACAACACUCAAUCCAUCUCUCCAACCUUGCACCCAAAUGACGUUGCCACUAGAGGUCAGCCAAAGCGCUCGAUAAGUCCUCUGGAGAGAGUCUGUGCCGAACUAGAUCGUCAACUGGAGGAAUGGCUUGACCAUAUUCCACCUACCAUCAAACCACCGAACAUGAAACAUCAGUACACUCUGCUGGCUGACAAAUACGACGGCUACAUCCGUGCCCGAUACUGGGCCACAAAAUACAUCAUCUGCCGCCCAAGUUUGGUGUAUGCAGCCCAACUCACCGACACCACCGCAAUACCGGUAAAUAUCUACGAAAAUUGCUGCCGAUGCGUCAACAGCUGUCGUCAAUUCAUCUUUAUCACAACGGGUCUUCUUUUGAAAAGGACCCAUGCAACUUGGCUCAGGCUCCAAGCAUUAUUGGCUGCCAUCCUUACCCUCUCAAUUGCCAAAAGCACGCCGUCUCUGGCACCACUCGUCUCCGACUUUGACUUUGAUGAACACAUAUUAGAUGCCAUCAGUAUGGUCACGCCUUGGGCAGAGCAUUUGGAAUCUGCUGAUGUGAUUUUGGGCAUGAUAAAGACAAUCCGGCAAAAAAUACGAGUGGCCGGUGGAGGACUUUAA